AUGGCAGUCGCUGAGAACACCCGUGUAAGAAAGAGAGACCGGAGUAAUGAGAACUUUAGGAAGAAAUGGAGCACACUCAAAAAUAAUGGUCUCAUUAUCCACCAGGUUUAUAACGCCGAAGUAUAUGUUUGCAUACGCCGUAAAGGCGAAAACUAA